AUGUUGGAAGUUCAUUGCUCUGGGACUCCUUACGAGAUUGGUCAUCGCCACGGCAGUAUUGCGAAGGAACAGGUUGCAGGAAGCCUGAAGUUCUACCAGGCAUACUUCUUGUUGAAAUCCCAAAUGGAUUGGGCCACGGCGAAAGCACAUGCAGCAAAAUUCUUGCCCUUGCUACAAAAAGAUUGGCCUCACUAUGAGGAAGAGAUCAGAGGGAUUGCUGACGGUUGCGGACACACGUUUGAAGAUAUCCUGGCUCUUAACGUGCGAACAGAAAUUUCUAUGGGUCUCAUGGCCGAUGGCUGUACAGCAUUCUACUGGCAUCAGGGGGAUGUCUCUAUUGCUGCCCAAAACUGGGAUUGGGAGCGAGAGCAGCGCGAAAACCUGAUCACGUUAUAUAUCCAACAAAAUGGUCGACCAAAUAUUAGUCAAAUCACAGAAGCGGGAAUCAUUGGUAAGAUCGGACUUAACUCUACCGGAGUGAGUGUAACACUUAACGCGAUUCGUGCCCGUGGUGUUGAUUACAACCGGCUACCCACGCACAUGGCUCUGCGCGCCGUGUUGGACAGUUCAUCGAGGGAGGAGGCCAUCUGCAUAUUAGACAAAUCGGGUCUCGCUGCAUCAUGUCACAUACUAGUGAGUGAUCAGACCGGAGGCACAGGACUAGAGUGUAGCUCUGUGGACGUGAAACACUUAGAACUACGGGAAUGCAAGGUGACACAUACCAAUCACUUCUACGUGCCACAUGAGAAAGGCGUAAAAGAAGCAGUAUUUCUGGAGGAUUCGUUAUAUCGGGCACGUCGGAUUAAUGAGCUGCUUGAAAGCACGACCGAGGAGGGAAAGUCUUUGACAGUGCUAGCAGCAGAACACAUACUUGAAGACGAGGGCAACUUUCCAGGAGCUAUCAACCGGGCUUCUUCCGAUACAAGUGGUGCAGAAACACUCUUUAGCAUUGUGAUGGAUCUGGAAUCUAAGACAGCAAGAGUUAGAUGGGGCAGGCCAACGGAGGCUAUAGAAGCAUUUGUUCUUAGACCUUAGCAGCUACGUAGAUGCUACGGUUAAUGGUUAUUACCCUUGGAA